AUGGCCACUUCUGAUAAGGAGAGAGCCUCAAAAAACACAGAGAACCCAUCUCAAAAGGAGAACAGCAGCGAUGAGCCACAAGAGCUGAGAUUUUCUCCCGAGGAGGAAGCAGCCCUCCUCAAAGAAUCCCACACCAUCAAAGCCGACGCAAACGCCCUCUUCGCCGCCAAAGACUACCACAACGCCCUCUCACGAUACAACGACGCCGUCGCCUCAUGUCCAAACUACCUCCACUAUGAGCGCGCUGUCCUGCAAAGCAACAUUGCCGCCUGUCAUCUGCAAACGGAACAAUGGAAGGAUGCCAUAAAGGCUGCUUCAGACGCACUCGAUAGUCUGGCCAAGCUUGAGAGCGAAUCAAGUCCAAAGGAGUCCAAGGACGAUACCACAGACGGCAAAACAAACAAUCAAGACACCAACCCUGGUAAGCCCAAGGACGACGAAGAAGAAGACGUAGAAGAAGAAAUCAUCAGCUCCGGCGCAGCCCACUCCGCACCCCCAGCUCCUCCCUCCCCAACGCCAGAGGAAAUCGCCCUCGAAGCCCGCAAGGCAGACAUCCUCCGCAUCCGCACAAAGGCCCUCCUCCGCCGCGCCCGCGCCCGCUCCGAGGAAGGCGGCUGGUCCAACCUCGCCGGCGCAGAGGAGGAUUACCGCGCCCUCUCGCAGAUGCCCGGCCUGACGCCCGCGGACCAGCGCACCGUCCGGGCGCAGCUCAAGGCGCUGCCGCCGCGGACAAAGGCCGCCCAGGAGGCCGAGAUGGCGGAGAUGUGGGGGAAGCUGAAGAAUCUUGGGGAUGGCAUUCUGAAGCCCUUUGGGCUGAGUACGGAUAACUUCAAGAUGGUCAAGGACGAGAAGACGGGGGGUUAUAGCAUGAACUUUUCGCAGGGAGGCUCGUCUUCAUGA